CUUCAAGUAAAGAACUCAGAUUGUUUCACCAGUCCUGGUGUACGAUUGGCACAUUUACGUCAAAAAGAGAAGAAUGUAACAAAAUGCACCAAAUGGGGUUGCUUGAAUUAAAUUUCUGAUACAUGUUGUGGCCUGAAAGCAUAAAGAAGACCAUCCAGUUUGGUUAAAGAUGGAAAACCACACAACUCAUAUCUCCCGGGAAGAACUGGAGGAAAUGCAGGAAGCUUUUAACAAAAUAGAUCUUGACAAUUCUGGCUACGUCAGUGAUUAUGAGCUUCAAGACCUCUUUAAGGAGGCAAACCUUCCCCUGCCUGGUUACAAGGUGCGUGAAAUUGUGGAACAAAUUCUAACUGUAGGAGACCACAACAAGGACGGAAAGAUCAGUUUUGAGGAAUUUGUUUCGGUUUUCCAGGAGCUUAAAGACAAAGAGAUCAGUAAAACAUUUAGAAAAGCCAUCAACAAAAAAGAGGGAAUUUGUGCAAUUGGUGGAAUGUCUGACCGCUCCAGUGAAGGAACGCAACAUUCUUAUGAAGAGGAAGAGAAGGUUGCUUUUGUUAAUUGGAUUAACAAAGCAUUAGAAGGUGACCCUGACUGUAAACAUUUGAUUCCUAUGGAUCCUAACAGUGACCGUCUGUUUAGUGCAGUUGGUGAUGGAAUUCUUCUAUGCAAAAUGAUAAACUUAUCCCAGUCAGACACAAUUGAUGACCGCGUGAUCAACAAAAAGAAGUUAACUCCAUUCACAAUUUCUGAAAAUCUGAACCUUGCUUUGAAUUCUGCCUCUGCCAUUGGCUGUACAGUGGUGAACAUUGGUGCCCAAGAUCUGAAGGAGGGGAGACACCACCUGGUACUAGGCCUCCUAUGGCAGAUCAUAAAGAUCGGUCUCUUUGCUGAUAUUGAGAUUACCAGGAAUGAAGCACUUAUUGCCCUACUGAAGGAAGGUGAAGAGUUGGAGGAACUCUUGAAACUUUCACCUGAAGAUCUACUUCUGCGUUGGGUCAAUUACCAUCUUGAAAAUGCAGGGUAUAACAAAAUCAGCAACUUCAGUCAGGACAUUAAGGACUCCAAGGCUUAUUUCCAUCUGCUCAAUCAGAUUGCACCCGAUGGAGAAGGCGAUGAAGUGAAAAUUGAGAUUGAAAUGACUGGCUUUAACGAAAAAGAUGAUCUUAAAAGGGCAGGAUACAUGCUGCAACAAGCUGAUAAAUUAGGCUGCAGACAGUUUGUUACUCCACUUGACGUCAUCGAUGGUAAUCCUAAACUCAACCUGGCAUUUGUAGCCAACCUGUUCAAUAAAUAUCCAGCACUGCACAAGCCAAACACGGAUUAUGACCUCACGUUGUUGGAAGGUGAAUCGAGGGAAGAAAGAACCUUCAGGAACUGGAUGAAUUCACAAGGGGUGAGUCCCUUUGUCAAUCACCUUUACAGUGACCUGGUUGAUGGCUUAGUAAUAUUCCAAUUAUAUGAGAAAGUCACUGUACCGGUGGAUUGGAAUCGUGUCAACAGGCCUCCCUAUCCACAGCUUGGGGCUAACAUGAAGAAGCUUGAAAACUGCAACUAUGCCGUUGAACUGGGUAAAACCAAGGCCAGCUUCUCCCUUGUGGGUAUUGGUGGGCAAGACUUGAAUGAUGGCAAUCCAACACUUACUCUGGCACUGGUCUGGCAGCUUAUGAGAAGGUAUACUCUGAAGGUGCUGUCAGAUCUUGGAGAUGGAUCUAAGGUGACAGAUGAAAUUAUUAUAAAAUGGGUAAAUGAGACCUUGGCAAAAGCACAGAAAAGAAGCUCAAUUACUAGCUUCAAGGAUAAAUGCAUUUGUACCAGUUUGCCUGUUAUAGACUUGAUAGAUGCCAUUGUACCCAAUGCAAUUCGCUAUGAGCUGGUGAAACAGACUGACUUCUCAGACACUGACAAGUUGACCAAUGCAAAAUAUGCCAUUUCAGUAGCACGAAAGAUAGGCACUCGUGUAUAUGCAUUGCCUGAAGAUCUGGUGGAAGUGAAGCCAAAGAUGGUUAUGACUGUCUUUGCUUGCUUAAUGGGAAAAGGAUUGAAAAAGGUGUGAAAAGAACUGAGCAUCAUAUUCACAUUGAUCCUGUCUGCCAUAUCAAACCAUUCAGAAUCCCGCAAAUCACAGAAUUUAUCUGUCAUUCUAUUUUUUAAUCUUUUCACCAGAGGAUAUAAUAUAAUUGGGAACUAUUUCAGAAACAAAAUACUAACUGGAAAUCAUUUUCCUUCUUGAGCACUAAGUUAACUAUUGUCUGUGUAUUUUAAGUUUUCUUAUAGUUAAUUUUCAAUGUUGCUGUUAAGAUUAAAACUUGCACUUAUUUCAGUUUACGAUUUAUAAUGCAUCAUCGACCAGACAAGUUUGUGUAUCUCCUGUGUUGCUUACAAUGAAAAUAAUGUGUCCAAAGUUCCUGUAGCUGAGCAUAUUCAUAAUUGAUCUGCUUUUUGGAAAUAGCUGCUGUUUUGUAAAUUGCUUCUAUUAUCAUUGAAUUGCAAGUAUUUAAAUAUGUACAAUGGGUUCUGUGGAAUGAGUCCGCUGUAAUUCAACCUGUGGCUUUCAUGAGCAUACAGAGAAAUCAAUCAUAGCUUUAGUGAUUUUGGAAUGCCUGCGGCGCCCUAAGAUUGAAUUGCAACUUUUAACUUCAGCCAUAAUUUCUCUUGAAUGAUAACCACAUAAUUAAAGUUUAAUCGGAUACAGAUAUGCUGUGUUACUGAAGAUGCAGUGGUGCCACCUGAGCAUAUGGCUGCAAGUCCUGCUGCAGCUGUGCUCAUAAAAUUUGUAAUGUUGAUCACAAUUGCCACAAAGCAGAAUUAUGUACAAUUCGUAUGUGAUGAAAAGCUUCAAUCCUAAUAAACCUAUAACUCAUUUGUGAAGAGA